CCGCUGUCAAAAGGCAUUAACAAAUCUGCAGUCUGAGAUUGAGAGAAUGGAGAGACGACUUUCCCUAUUAAUGCAGGCCGAAACUGUCUUAAGGGUGAAGGAAACCGUCAACAUUCUGCAAAAUACCCAGAGCUCAGCCAACUUGCCUACAAAAUGGACAUUUGAGCCAGUCACAUCCCAUGACGUACUGGUGGGAGCCGAGGCUACUUUGGAAGCGCUUCAGCAAAGCUUAAUGCGACCCAGUCUGUCAGGAGCUCCUCUGGGCUUUCCCGAAGUCGUAUGCCUCCAUGGGAUGGGAGGUGUGGGCAAAACAACACUUGCAAUGCAAAUUCAUGAUGCGGAUGAUAUGAGGUCUAAGUUUUGUGAUAAGAUAAUGUACGUAGUUUGUGGUGACGCACAAACUGGUCCCAUGAUGAUUGACAUGGUGUACCGGGAAUGGAUGAGGAAGACACGUUCUGAAUCUGCUCUAGGUCAAGCGCAGGUGGCUGAAGCAGAAGAAAGGAAGUGUGCACUUUUAGCAAGGGAAAUGAAGGAUGAGAGAUUUCUCAUGGUUUUUGAUGAUGUCUGGCAAAGUGACCAAAUUGAUUGGAUUCGCGGGGUUUUCCCUGAGAAUUGUAGUGUCAUCGUCACAACAAGGAACAGAGAAGUUGUGCGAAUCCCUGAGACAGAAUACUUCCCUGUCGAAACGUUGGGGGAGGGCGAAUCGUUCAGAUUGUUCUGUCAUUUUGCCUUUGGGAGGCAGGUCCCUCCCCCUGAACUUGAAGAUGUGGCGAGAAAAGUAUGCAAACAAUGUGAUGGACUACCAUUGGCUCUCAAGGUUGUAGCAUCAAGCAUUUGUCCAAGAAACCAAGACAGAGGACUUUGGGAUCAGUGGCUCGAGUUUUUGAAAGGAGCUCACCCUGCCCAAUGUCAGCCUGGUGCAGCCCCUGACUUUCACAGAAAAGUUAUAAAGACACUCCAGAGAUCCAUUGAAGCUCUUGCCGAGAUAGACCCCUCAGGCUGCGUCAUGGAUAUGUUUCUGGAUCUUGCUGGCUUUCCAGAGGAAGAACGAGUGCCCCGUGAUCUGAUGGAAGCGCAGUGGUCCAUCUAUCCUUCCGGCGGAGAGUCCGGAUUGGAAACAGCUAGGGAGAGGUUGAACACAAUGGUCAACUUGUCCUUGGUGGAAGCUCGCGGUGACUCAUACGUGAGCUUACAUGAUAUGAUUCGCAAAGCGGCACUUGAUAUGAUCAACGCAGACUCAGCACCAACUGUUACAUUGGGAAGGAGGAGCGGUGGAGGAGGAGGAUCAGUAGAGUGCGCGAAUGGAUUCAGACAGCAACUAUUUUUGCAGGAUCAUUGCCCUUCUACCGAAGAAGAAGCAGAAAUUCACGAAUCCACAAGGAAAUUUAUGUUAAGUGGCUCCCCUGAAACAAACAUUCCAGAUCUGUCGUUGAAAAUGCCACACUUGGUGAGUUUCUACUGGUCUUGGCGCCAUGGAAUGUUAUUCUUUGUUGAUCAAAAUGAGCUGGAUGCACAUCUAUCACAUGAGGAAACGUUAUUGGAGCGUGGGCGAGAAUUUCUGCAGCAAGUAACUUCUAGCAGCCUGCUGCAGAUCAUGACAUUACAGAACUUUCCAAAGCCAAGUGUGCUGCCACGUGACUACUUCUCAUCCUUUACGAACCUCAGGGUGCUGUGCGUGAAGUUCAUUGCCACGUAUUACUCCAAUGAAGAAUUCCCUAGCUCGAUCAGACACCUGCGAAAAUUGGAGGUACUUGUAAUUGACUUCAGUUGCAAUGCUGUGGAGCUUUCCAUUAGCCCAGAAGCCAUUGGCGAACUCGGCCAGUUGAGAGUGCUGAGAAUGUGUGAAGUUGCAUUUCCCAAGAGGAGAGGGCCUGGUGAUGGGGUGUUGCCGUUUCUGCUAAGCUCACCAUGUCUGCAGGACUUUUCCAUAAGUUUAUCCAAUAAACGCCACGGUGAUGAAGAGAUCCCCUCCACCAUUGGGAGUUUGACACGUCUCCGUUCCAUCAAAUUGGAGAGCUGGCUCGGGGUCACGGAGGUUUCCCCGGCAAUAGGGUGCCUGACGAAGCUGGUGAAGCUAAGUAUCAUCUAUUCAUCCCGUCUCAGAAGUUUGCCUGUCACGAUUGGAUUGCUAUCAUCCCUCACACGUUUGGAGAUUCUAUUAUCCUCACUUGAGUCCAUCCCUGAGGAGAUUGGUGACCUCCAAAGUCUCAUUCACCUUUCCAUCACAUCGGCCAGACUACGGACAGUGCCACCAACUCUUGGACGUCUUUCACGUCUGACUUCUCUGGACCUCUCAUACUCGUUGCUAAAUGUCGACUCCAUUCCCGAAGCUUUCUGGGUUCUGACUCAGCUUCGACAGCUAAGCUUGGACGGUUGUGGACUUGAAUACCUGUCGGAGAAGAUAGGGAAUUUAACAGAGCUUAGGGAAUUGGAUCUGAACUCUUCUCGUUUUCAAUCCCUGCCUUCAUCAAUCGGCAAUCUAUGCAUGCUGACUCGCCUCAACCUCUCGUCGUCAAUUUUUCUCUGCGGCUUGAGCAUGUGGAUUUCAGGUCUGAGCAGUUUGAGGUGCUUGAGCCUUGAAAGUUGCAUGUCCCUGACAUUCCUGUCAGACGGCAUCUGCAAACUUGGAAAUCUGACUCGCCUCAACCUUAGUGGCUGUUGGAAGCUGGCUUCUUUACCUGACGAAAUGGGGUGGUUGUCACAGCUGAGGGUGUUGAAUUUGCAGUAUGCCCAGUCAUUGGAAUGGCUUCCUGAUUCAGUGAGCAACUUGGGUCGCUUGAUGGAGCUCAACCUGUCAAAGUGCACCAGUCUUACGGAGUUGCCAAGUGGCAUCUCAGACCUGAAAGAACUGAAACUGCUGAGCCUUGAUGGCUGUGCAAGACUUCAAGAUGUUCCGGAAAGUUUGCAACAAUUCUUGAGACCUCGAGAUCUUCCGGAAUGCCCCAAAAAAAUGUCGACGCCCAUGGAAAGCACUUAAGUAAGGUCUGCGGGAACCAGUGGUCCUCACGAAUCAGAGGUUCUGGAGCUAGAGGCCUACAAUAAACGUUUUAAGGCAUA